AAUUGACUAUUGACUUGAAAAGCUUAACCAAAGUCUUCUCUCUUUCCUGUACAUAGUCACCCAUUAUUUCACUUGGACUCAUAUCUUCACAAAGCAAAGACUUCACUGCAAGAAUGAAUUUGGCUAAUUAUAAGCAUAGCCAAUCAAUCACACCUUGCUUCAAGGAAAAUUUCUGAACUAAUUUUAUGUUCAGAUGAAGGGUUAAUUGGAGUGGACCACUUUUGGUUGAGACUCAAGGCACUGCAGAUUUAAAAUGAUAGAAAUGGCUUUAGAGGAUUCCAAAUCUAGCCCGCAACCAUUGCAUAGAGUUGCUUCAGCUCAGUUUAGAAGGCCUCUCAUCCACUUAGUUUCUACUAAGGAACAUAAAAAAAGGUACAUAAACCAAUGUGUUCCCCUUCACAAAGCAGCACUAAAAGGGGAUUGGAAAGAAGGUAAAAAAAUAAUAGAACAGGACCAAACAUUGCUGAUUUCUGCCAUAACAAAUGGGUGGGCAACCGCACUCCAUAUUGCAGCGGGAGCAAAUCAUGUUCACUUUGUGGAGGAAUUGGUAAAACUAAUGGAUCGUGAUGAUUUGGGAUUGCAAGAUUACCCGGGAAACACUGCUCUUUGCUUUGCUGCAGCGGUUGGAAAUGUUCAAAUCGCUGAGAUAAUGGUGAAAAAGAAUGAAGUGUUACCAUCAAUUAGGGGUGGACUAGGUGUUACUCCUCUUUACUUGGCUGCUUUACAAGCAAACAGUGAGAUGGCAUCGUAUUUGUUUCCUAAAUGUAAAGAAAUACUCGAGGAAAACGAUUGGAGUAUAGUGUUCCUCACUUGUAUAAACUCGGGACUUUAUGAUUUAGCUAUACAGAUGCUAACAGAAAAGGACACACUUGCUUUUGCUCGCGGAGAUGAGAAUAUGACGGGUUUACAUCUAUUGGCUCGAAAACAUUCAGUUUGUGGUUGUCAAAGUCUUGGGCAUAGAAAAAAUCUACUGCAUUUAUGUAUGAGAGAUUCUCCAAUGCUUAAGCUUAUACGACGCAUCUGGGAGAAGUUUCUUACCCUAGAUGACGAAGAGAUGAUGGAAGUCAUGAGAGAACCAUCUCAAGUAACAAUUAUCGCUGCAGAAGUUGGAAAUUUUGAGUUUCUAUCUGUCAUUAUGAGCACUUAUCCUAAUUUGUUAUGGGAACUCAGUAACAAGGGUCAGAGCAUAAUUCACAUCGCUGUUUUCAACCGCCAUGCUAGUAUCUUCAAUUUGAUACAUGAAAUAAGGUCUUUGAAAGAUUGCAUAAAUGGUUUUCUGGAUGAUGGCGAGAAUAAUUUAUUGCAUUCUGCAGCAAUGUUAGCACCGCCUGAUCGUCUCAAUAUAGUCUCGGGAGCAGCUUUACAAAUGAUGCUUGAAUUAUCAUGGUUUGAGGAGGUGAAAAAGAACAUGCAGCCACAUAUGAUUGAAAUGAAAAAUUCUGAAGGAAUGACACCUCGCGAACUAUUUACCAAAGAACAUGCCGAAUUGCUUAAAAAAGGAGAGUCAUGGAUGAAGCAAACAGCGAAUUCUUGUAUGGUUGUUUCGACUCUAAUUGCAACUGGAGUGUUUUCAGCUGCAUUUAGCUUACCAGGUGGAAACAAUGAUAACAAAGAAUCUCCUAAUUAUUUAGAUAAACCUGCAUUCCUCGUAUUUGCUUUAUCCGACUCCAUGGCACUUAUCUCGUCUUCAACUUCAAUCUUGAUAUUUCUAUCCAUCCUUAUCUCGCGAUAUGCGGAGCAAGAUUUUCUCAAGUCACUGCCUUUGAAGUUGAUAUCUGGACUAGUGGCAUUGUUUGUGUCUAUAAUCAGCAUGAUGAUAGCAUUUAGUAGUGCUUUCUACAUAACAUAUUAUCAUGGUUUGAAAUGGGUUCCUAAUUUUAUUUCUGUUCUUGCAUUUUUACCGAUACCGUUGUUUAUAUGUUUACAGUUUUCUCUGUGGUCUGAUAUAGUGUAUUCCGCCUACAUUUGUAGUUCUUUAUUUAGGCCAAGUAAACGUAUGAUUCGUUAGAAGAAUCAAGUUUGUGUCAAACAAUAAAUUUUAUUGUUAUUUUGGAUGAAUGUAUUAUGUGACUAAUUGCUUUUAAAUCUAAAGCAUUGUGCUUAUUUCAUGGUAA